AUGGUACAUUCUACAGGAUCAACCAGUGAAACAGUACAUGUAGUCAAAGAACUUAUCAAAAUAUUUUCAGACAAUUAUCAAGAGACAAAACUGAAAGUAUUAAUUUUAGAUAAGACAUCAGCACAAAGUUUAUUUUUUGAAUUACGAGAUGUGAUUGAAAAAUAUAAAAAAGUAGGGGAUAUAGAUCAACAAAGUAAUUUUCGAGAUCAAUUAAAAAGGUUUAAAAAUUUAAUUGAAGAAAAUAUGCAAAAACCAACACUAAAUCAUGAAAUCGUUUUAAUAAUUGAAAAUUAUUUAUCAGCAAUACAAGAAGAUUAUAAAUUACUUGGAAAUUAUGUCCAAACUUUAGAAGAAAUAGAACAACAAAGUCUAAAUGAAACGAGUAAAAAUAAAAUUAAUGAUUUAAUUAUUCGAGGUGUUGAAGAGAAAAUACCAAAUUUGAUUUAUUUUGGUCAAAAGAAUUCUAACGAUAAUAAUAAGAAAUUCGAAAUCGUUAAGAAAUUUUAUGGUUAUUUUAUUAAGUAUAUAUCAUACGUUAGAGAAGCAGUAGAAAACAUACUCAGUGAUAAUAAUUAUCGUUUGAAGUUAAAAAGUUUACAAUCAAAAUUAUUAAACACGGAACCAUUUGAUUUGAAAAUUAUUUUUCAAGAAUAA